ACGCGACUCUCCGUAGUACCCUAAAGUUCACGUGAUCACAAUAACAAAAUUACCGCGAAAACAAGUCUUUGACUACAUUAGAAAUUUCGAUAGCUAAUAGUAUAUUGCAGUAAUAUCGAUUUUGUUUGUUUGUUUCGGGACACAUUUAUAAUGUUUUGUGAGAAGGCAGUGGAGCUCAUCAGAGAACUUCAUCGGAUGGGCGACGGUCAGCUGCCCGCCUUUAACGAAGACGGUAUUCGCCAAGUCCUAGAGGAAAUGAAAGCACUGUACGAACAGAACCAAAGCGAUGUAAACGAGGCAAAGACAGAGAGCAAAAGUGAGCUGAUUCCCACGAUCAAGUUUCGACACUGCUGUCUGCUGAGGAACCAGCGCUGUAUUGCGGCAUACCUAUAUGAUCGCCUUCUGCGGAUCCGUGCUCUCAGAUGGGAGUAUGGAAGUGUGCUGCCCACAACCAUCAGAUUUCACAUGUGUGCUGAAGAGACGGAGUGGUUUAAUCAGUACAAAAAGUCAUUGGCAACCUAUAUGAGAUCUCUUGGGGGAGAGGAAGGUUUGGACAUAACACAGGAUAUGAAGCCUCCUAAAAGUUUAUACAUUGAGGUGCGAUGUCUAAAAGACCAUGGAGAAUUUGAAGUUGACGAUGGCACAGUUAUUCUGCUAAAGAAAAAUAGCCAGCACUUUUUGCCCAGAUGGAAAUGUGAGCAGCUCAUUCGUCAGGGUGUAUUAGAGCACGUCAUAUCCUAAGAUAAAAGCACACUUUUAUUGUGGAUACUUGUAAAUUUUUUAGUGUAAGGAGACUGGAGAUUUGAAUUGUCUGAUCGGUUAUCUCAUCACCAAGCAUACAGACAGCAGAGCAUGUGUACACGGGUGAAACUUUACUUGCUCAAAUUUUCAACAGUAAUAAUAGGACAGUAUGAUACAUAUACAACUCAGUGGUACCAUCAAAGGAGAAUUUUUGCAACAUUUACAAUGAUUGAUUUUCAAAUGGACAUUAGUGCAUCGUAAUUAAAAACUGUGCAACUUCAAGAUAAGAUUUGUAUCAAAACUGUACACUUUAUGAAUACUGUGCAUAGGUAUUGCAUCAAAUUGGUAUUAAAAUGUAAUGAAUAAAAAUGCUUUUUUAAAUACUUAA